AUACUCAUUUUAUCUUACACUUAUCUCUUCCAAUCUCUCUCCGAAACCAAAAAAAAACAUAAAACAAAACAAAACUUUUCUCUCUCGUCUUCGGCCACGUAAACAUGGACGUCGAACAUCACAACUCCGGCCACAUCGGUAGACCAACGGUGGAUAUUCCACCGAGAAAGCUUCUUUCCUCCGCCAUAUCUCCUUCAAGUCCCUGUCCUGAAGACAAGGUUCAGAAAGAGUGUUGUUACGACUCGGACUCCGACGAUCCUUACGCCGGCGACCAUUUCCGGAUGUACGAGUUCAAGAUCCGACGGUGCACGCGUAGCCGUAGCCACGACUGGACCGACUGUCCUUUCGCUCAUCCCGGCGAAAAGGCUCGUCGUCGUGACCCUCGCCGGUAUCACUACACGGGCGAAGUUUGUCCCGAGUUUCGAAACGGUGGCGAUUGUAGCCGUGGUGAUAUGUGCGGUUUCGCGCACGGCGUUUUCGAGUGUUGGCUCCAUCCGAGUCGUUACCGUACGGAAGCUUGUAAAGAUGGUAAGCAUUGUAAGAGAAAAAUAUGUUUCUUUGCUCACUCUCCACGUCAGUUUAGAGUUCUUCCGCCGUCAGAAAACUUUGUCUCCGGCGGAGGUGGAUCGGCGGCUUCAUCUCCGGCGUCGGUGUUGAGUAAUAAGAAUAAUCGGUGUUGUAUGUUUUGUUCCCAUUCUCCGACGAGCACUCUCUUGGAUUUAUCACGAUCACCGACGUCAUCUCCACCGUUAUCUCCGGCUAAUAAAUCUGCCGUUUUUUCACGGAUGAGCCGCCGGCACUCCGCCGUGGCACACAAGCAAGUUCUACACGAGCUGAUCAAUUCUUUAGAUUCAUUUAGUUUCAAGGAAGCACUCGCGGCUUCCUCGUCAUCUCCUGUCAUCAUGCCGGUUACCACGGGCGAGACCAUGCUUGCCUCAUCAAAUAUAAGCAACCACCACCGUCUUCCGCCGUGGAUUGAUGUCGGAGAUAGAGAUCUCCAGUUACAACAGAGUUCCUUUAAAUAUGCCUUUUCACCUUCUUCUACUCCAAGUUACCUCAAUGGUCAGCUGCCGCCGCCGAGCUUCUUAAGAGAUGAAUUCACACCACGCGGCGGCCGGUUAAGCGAUUUCACGGUGGCUGCAACUGCGGCAGCGGAAGCUAGGGAUAAGAAUAGCUUUGAGGUGGGUCAUAGUGGCGAUCUUGAUCUUGGAUGGGUGAACGAUCUCUUGACAUGAUAAUGUGAUCAUAAUCGGAGACAUUUUUCCGACUGUAAGGAAGGUACGGCGGCGGAGUUCCGGCGUGAGCCAUUGUUAAUUGAAAAUUGUUAAUUUUUCGUGCUUUAAUUUUUUUUUCUCUUUUUUUCGUUUUUUUGUUAUUUUUAAAUUAAGUCCAUAACUUCUAUUGUGAUAUUGUAAUCUUGGAACUUGUAGUAUCUUCUAUAUUGGGAUCGAAUUCCUAUGUAAUGUUUACUUCAAAAUAUUCUCUUUACUAAAAAGAA